UCUCAGUUUGUCGCCGAAAUUGAAUGUGUAAAGAAGUGUUCAAAAUAGUUUGACGACUGUUUGUUGUAUUGAUUUGAAAACAAAAUUAUAUCCCGGCUUUAUAAUUUACCUUUACGCUGUUUUCUUGCACAAAGUGUAAAUAGUCUUUAUAAAUUAUAAUGAGUUUGUUUAUAAUAGCCCAAAUUGGACUUAAAGAAAAGUGAUGUAAUUAUUGUCAUCUUAAAUUUAAAAGAAAGCAAGUAUUUUUUGGCUUACAAAGAAAAAGCCGAAAAGACAAACACCAUUUCUUACUCCGCUUGUAUUUGAAACAUGUAGAGAAAAUCUCUGCAGCGAAGCAUGCCUCACGUAGGCAUAAAGACUGGUAGCUUAAAGUGUUGAAACAGCAACGUCAACAAUUUUCAUUUCUGUUUUGUGCAAAUAAAGUGACUAUACAACAUUUCUUUGUCAACUUAAAAUAAUUUCUUCAGAAAAACGGUAUAACCAGUGAUACAACCAAUUGAACCCAACUAUUGAAGUUUUUAAACAUUUCGCAUUGUGUAGUAAUACCAAACGUGUGCAUCAAACACUCUGCUUAUUGACGAUUCUGUGCAUAUUAAAUAUCUUCUGGAUAAAGGUGGGAUGCUUUUGUUCAACCGAAAAAAACUCUACUUGUCCAACUGGUUUUUAACUUUCUUCGCCGAACUGAACGAUACAUACAUGCAUAUUUAUAUACUCACUACACCAACGUAAGCUAUUGCAGCGGUAUACAAACAUAUCAUUUCAUGGUUAGCACAUACAAGUGCCCGUAAAAGAAGCCUGGUGCCAAAGAAGACUUUAGUUAGUCAACCAGUGAAUCUUAAGACGUCCAAUAAUAAUUUUAACUUUAAUGUUUGGAAUCUCAGCGUUCAAUAAAACAGGCAGCACCAUAAAAUUGCUGAAUAGCAAACAGUGGAGUUAAUGAAAUAUGUGCUUAUGUACAUUUACAACUAUUCUAUUGCUAUCAAAGUUAUAAUCUCCAAUCUCCAUCUUACAAAUUGAUGUGAUGUUGAACGAUUACAAAGUACGAAUAGAAUAGUAUAAAUUAAAUACUUAACGUGCAUUUCAAAAUAAGCCAACCAAAUAAAUACCAACAACAGCAGAAAUGUCUUCGUCGCGUAAUAAAUUCUUUAGUAGCGGCAAAUUAUCAAAUAAGUCAUCCGGUUCGUCAGGUCUCCGCAUACUAUGGAUACCAGGUGGACGUAAAAGCCAUCCCAAAGGUCGCUUCGAUUCCACCAACAAACAUGUGUCGCACAAAGGUGAACAAAAGAAAAGCGAAGUGUGGUCCAUGGGUGGGAGUAAAAAUCAAAAAGACCUCUUAGAUGCCGAUCCUGACAAUCAUCUUUUUGACGGUCCUUCAGUAUCUGGCAUAACGUCUGCUUGUGCCCUCGGCGCUGUGGGUGUGGAGAAAUGUACCAACUCAACAACAACGCCAACAAUAUCUAUCUCAACAGCCGAAGGCAACAUAAUCGCUGAUGCCAAUGUGCAUAACGCGGCUGAAACUCCCAGUAGUACAACCUCUACAGCGCCUCUCGUAUCUGUACCGAACAGUCCCGACACUGGUGCCACACCGAAAUUAAUUGUUACAACAACUACAAGCACAACUGAUAGUGAUCGAAGUACAAGCUAUAGCAGUAUGCCGGCCAAAACAACAUUUACAACUGUGACCACAACAACAACGGCAGAAAUAAUGGAUGAGAAUCGUUUCUCUAUACUCGGCAAAGAUAUCUCGAACGAGAUCGACGUAUACGACUUGCCAUCACCACCGAAAAAUGGUCUUAAUACCCCACCACCUGAGGGCGCGACUAGUGUGCUGCUGAAUGCAUCGGCUGGUACGACGGCUUCAACAGCGACCACACCAUCGCCAUCCAACACCCCUAAACAGCAUAGUGAACGAGAUGCAUUGGCUGGUUUAUCUACUAAGAAGAAACAUCAUCAUAAAAAUGAAAAUAAUAAUCACCAGAAUGAUAUAGAUUCCAUCGAGAGCAUAUCGGAUAAUACAAAGUUGCCCAGUAACGAUCUGGAAUGGAUUGAUGAAUUACUACUGGACCGCAAUAGCAAGGAAUUAUUGAGUAAGAAGAACAAGAAAAAGAAGAAGAAGAUCUCAACUACGAAGGAAUUAGACCAACUUGACGGCGUGCCGAGCAAGCAAAACGGCAAAGAUGGCGCUACCGAUGAAGACGACAAAGUGGUAAAGUGUCUUUACUACACUUUGAUGUGCUGCGAUUGUACAAUUUCUUAACCUGGACCACCUGAGCAACAGCAAUUAUUUUUAUAUAAAACGCAGAGUUAAUCAACUUUGUAUACACAAUACACAAUGUCUUACGAAAUCAAAAUAUCCAAUUAAACGAGUCUGUCCAGUAUAUAUAUUUACAUAUAUACAAUUAAUAAUAUUAAAUGCAAGGCUAACUUGCAUUCGCUGAAUUACUUAAGAGAAAUUGCCAAUUGUUAACAUGAAAUAUUCCUGCUGAUUAGUGCGUAAGGUAAAUAUAAUAUACAUAUGUGUUUAAGAGAUCUAUAUUGGAGAAUAAAUCUUUAAUAUUUAUGUAUUUAAUACAAAAUAAAUAAUAAGUUAUUGAUAUGUAAAAAUGCAAUCAUAUGUAUAUGAAGGAAUACUACUUUAAUACAUGCAUACAUAUGUAGAUGCAAACAUAUUUGCAUACAUACACAUUUCUUUUAUAUGCUAUUUUAAUAAUAUUAAAAACAAGAGACAGUGCAGCUGAAGUACGACUAUCUGAAAAGUA